AUGUCUCCGAACGACUCAUCCAAUACAUCCCGGCACCCUGUCGAAAAUGCAACUGUCCCAUUUUGGCAUCGAGACAUUCACGAACUGCACGAUCAUCGGACCACAGAGGAGCUUCCAGUUUCGAGUGACGUCGUCAUCAUAGGCGCCGGCUAUGCAGGAAUUAGCACGGCAUACCAUUUGGUCAAGGGAGAGGCCAGUGACAAGAAACUCUCUAUCACAAUACUGGAAGCACGGGGUGUCUGUUCGGGCGCAACAGGACGCAAUGGUGGCCACCUACGGCCUGACAUGUACACCCCUAUGACCAGGCUCAUCGACCGAGCAGGAGUUGAACGUGCCUUGGAGGUGACGGAAUUUGAAAUCGCUCAUGUCCACGCCAUGAAGUCCUUGGUCGAAAAGGAGAAAAUCGACUGCGACUUUACCCUCACAAGGUCUAUCGAUGUAUGGACUAAUGAGGAAACUGCCCGAAAGGCUACGGAGAUGUAUGACACACUGGUAUCCCGUAAUCUUGAGUACAUGAAGGAUGUUUUCUUCGUACUUGGCAAGGAUGCGGAGGGUAUCUCGGGUGUCAAAGGCGCCAAAGCAUGCGCUUCUUUCACGGCAGCAACUCUAUGGCCGUACAAAAUGAUUCUCCACCUGACCGCCUCAAUUCUCAAGACUGGCCUGGUCAACCUCCAGACCAAUACCCCAGUGACGUCUGUGAGUCGGCAACCUUCGGGCAGUUAUAUUAUUACAACACCGCGAGGCACGACAGUCGCUCGGAAAGUCGUGUAUGCGAACAAUGCCUAUAUCGGGGGUCUUCUUCCACAGUACCGCGAAGCCAUCGUUCCCUGUAAAGGACUGUGUACUCAUAUUUCAGUUCCUGAGGGCACAAGAGCGCCUCUGCUGAACAACUCCUACAUAGUCCGCGAAGAGGACAACGUUGUUUCAUACCUCAUCCCUCGUGCCGACGGUAGCAUUGUUGUCGGUGGAGCCAACUUGCUUUACCACCCUGUUCUGAGUUCAUGGUACGACAACGUGGACGAUUCAUGUCUCAUUGAGCAAGUCAAAGACCAUUAUGAUGGGUAUAUGCAACGGCAUUUCAAUGGCUGGGAAGACAGCGGCGCCCAAGUGGAUAAAAUCUGGACCGGCGUCAUGGGGUACAGCUGGGACUCCCAGCCCCACAUCGGCGCCGUGCCUGGGGAGGAUGGCCAGUUUGUACUUGCGGGCUUCAAUGGUCAUGGAAUGCCUCAGGCGUUCUUGUCUGCGCUUGGGGUUGCUAAGAUGGUUCAGAAUGGGAUCGACUUCGAAGAUACUGGUGUUCCGAAACUGUUUCAAACGACAAAGGAGAGGCUUGACAACGCAAGCAACGGUCCUUUGGGAGGUGAUAUCCUCGGCAUCAAAAGAUGA